AUGGUGAUGAGGCUGAUUUCGAAGAACAGCUUAAUUUACAGACACAACCUUUGUCUCAGGCGUAAUAACUUCACCCUUGCUCUCUCUAACUACGUUCUCAAUUCACCGACAACAACAAGAACACAAAACUUUCCUGAGACGACGAAAAGCACAUCUAUCUUCCGAUGCAAUUCUAAGAUCUCAAAGCUCGCGAGAAACGGCAAUCUCCAAGAAGCUGAAGCAAUCUUCAGAAACAUGCCUCAUAGAAGCAUAGUCUCAUGGAACGCGAUGAUCUCUGCCUACGCGGAGAAUGGCAAAAUGAGUAAAGAACGCCAAGUGUUCGACGAAAUGCCUGUGAGAGCCACAACUUCUUAUAACGCGAUGAUUACGGCUAUGGUUAAAAACAAGUGUGAUAUGUUAAAGGCUUACGAAUUGUUUCGUGACAUUCCUGAGAAGAACGCGGUCUCUUACGCGACGAUGAUUACUGGUUUUGUUAAGGCGGGGAUGUUUGAUGAGGCGGAGUGUUUGUAUGGUGAGACACCCGUUGAGUUUCGUGAUCCCGUUGCUUCUAACGUUUUGUUGAGUGGGUAUUUGAGGGGAGGGAGAUGGGAGGAGGCUGUACGUGUGUUUGAAGGUAUGGUGGUGAAGGAAGUGGUGUCUUGUAGCUCGAUGAUUGAUGUGUUUUGCAAAAUGGGGAAGCUUGUUGAUGCUAGAAGACUCUUUGAUGAGAUGUCUGAGAGAAAUGUGGUUACUUGGACUGCUAUGAUUGAUGGUUAUUUUAAAGGGAAUUCCAUGAUCUCGAUGUACUCUAAGCUUGGAUUUAUGGGGGAGGCCAAAGCAGUGUUUGGUGUGAUGAGAAGCAAAGACUCUGUUUCUUGGAACUCGUUGAUCACGGGUCUUGUCCAGUGGGGACAAGUUUCUGAAGCUUAUGAUCUUUUCGAGAAGAUGCCGAGUAAAGACAUUGUAUCUUGGACUGAUAUGAUCAAAGGGUUUUCCGGAAAAAGAGAGAUCUCCAAAUGUGUAGAGCUGUUUAGGAUGAUGCCUGAGAAGGACGACGUUUCUCCAAACUCCUACACUUUCAGUAGUGUCCUCAGUGCAGCAGCUAGUUUAGCAGCAUUGGUUGAAGGACUACGGAUCCAUGCUAGAGUAGUGAAGAUGAACAUGGGGUGUGACUUGUCAGUUCAAAACUCUUUGGUGUCUAUGUAUUCAAAAACCGGAAACGCUAAGGAUGCUUACAAGAUCUUCUCACGCAUCAGUGAUCCCAAUAUUGUUUCUUACAACACGAUGAUCAGCGGGUUUUCUUACAACGGUUUAGGAAAGGAAGCUGUUAAACUGUUUCCAGUAUUGGAAACUACAGGAAAAGAGGCAAACAAUGUUACCUUUCUUGCUUUGUUAUCAGCUUGUGCUCACGUUGGAUACGUUGACUUAGGAUGGAAAUACUUCAGAACGAUGAAAUCUUCGUACGCCUUCUUGGGGCGAGCAAGACUUGUCUACGUGUGGAUCUUGCAGAGCUUGCUGCUAAGAAAUUAA